GAGCAAGGUCUGAUUCCUGUUCAUUUUGAGGAGCCCGAUGUUGUACCCAUAUAUCCGUCUCGUGAAGUGAAUUGCACUUUGCCGUUGAAAUACCAACAAGAAAUUGUAGAAGACAUGCUAACUAAAGAUGGAUUGCUAAUACUCGGCAGAGGUCUAGGCUGGGACUUGAUCUCUGCCAAUUUGCUACAUGCUCUCAGUUCGCCUUCUGUUACCUUGAGACAUGGACCAGCCAAGACUGUAGAGAAGCGAGGACUAGUUUUUGUCUUAAAUGCCAUGGAUGAUGAAAUUGUACGAUUGAAAGAAGAACUCACAGAUUUGCAAUGGUUGGACGACGACGAAAACUCGUCCUUUGUAGUGAUAACCAACGAGUCGCAGGUUGCUAGAAAGAACUUGUACUUGAAAGGAGGAAUAAUCUCCAUCAAGCUGCGAUUGUUGGUUGUAGAUUUGUUAGCUGGCUCUAUUUCUGCUGAUGAUAUAACGGGCUUGUUCGUACUUCAUGCAGAAAGACUCCGGGAAACCUCUGAUACUUCGUUUGUAGUCAGUUUGUUUAGAGAUGAGAACCUGUGGGGUUUCAUCAAGGCGAUUUCAGACGAGCCAGAGUCAUUUGGUGGAUUCACACCUCUUGCAACCAAACUUAAGGUGCUAAGGUUAUCAAACGUGUUCUUGUGGCCUCGGUUUCAUGUUGAGGUUUCGGCAUCAUUAAAGCCUAAAGGAAAGCGUAAAGAAGCUGACACAAGACAGCAGGCCAUAGAAAUCAAUACCAAGCUCACUUCCAGACUGAAUAAGAUCCAAGCAGCCUUGAUCACAUGUAUGGAAGCGUGUCUUCAUGAGUUGCGACGCCAUAAUCCUGAACUUGCUACAGAGUACUGGGACAAGGAAAACAUCCAUGAUCCCAAUUUUGUCAUUCGAAUCAGAAUUUCGCUUAAUCCACAAUGGCACAGAUUGUCGCGGACUUCGAAGCAGUUGUAUUUUGACUUGGAGACACUAACGGGACUUUUGAAUAAGUUGCUAUCCAUGGAUUCUGUCAGUUUCUAUCAGGAAGUGCAAGGUAUUGUAGAUCUUAACGUUCGGAAACUGAGUUCUGGAAUGGAGUCUUCUAUCAGUCCUUGGUUGAACUUGACGGAGGCUAGUACCAUUAUAGCAUACUCCAAAGAACGAGCUCUC